AUGGCGAACACGUUCCUAGACAUAUUCUAUUCCCUAUCCAGCUGUAUAUGCUGUUUUCCGAGCACUCCGCAGUUGAAGAUCAAUAACAGAAGCUUUCGGAUGCUUCGACUACUGGGUGAGGGCGGCUUCUCCUACGUCUACCUUGUUCAAGACACCUCCGACUCGGCUCUGUACGCACUCAAGAAGAUCCGGUGUCCCUUUGGCCAAGAAUCAGUCUCCCAGGCGCUCAAGGAAGUCGAAGCAUAUACGCUCUUCGCACCACAUCCUAAUAUAAUCCACGCCGUCGACCAUGCUGUGCAAACCGAUUCUACCACGAAAGUGUCUGGCAUUGGGACAGAUACGGCCAACGGGGCUAGUAAAACCGUCUACAUCCUCCUUCCUUACUACCGGAGAGGGAAUCUGCAAGAUAUGAUCAACGCAAACUUGGUGAACCACACCCGCUUCGGUGAGCGACGGCUCAUGCAAUUGAUGCUUGGAAUCUGCAAAGCACUGAAAGCUAUGCACCAAUACCGCGUGCGGAACACGCCAUCACGGACUGCCGCCCAAUCCAUCCGCGACGAAGCCGCAAGUGAAGAUGCCGACGCUGCGAAACGGAAAGCUCGCGCCAACAAGCGAACAAUGACGGCGUCACAGGAGAACGAAGAAGACUUGGCGGAAGAACAGGAAGAACCGCUCAUGCCUUCGGAUGAAGUCACCCGCGCACAGGAGGGCAAGAGUCCGGGUGAUACACGGGCUUAUGCUCAUCGCGAUAUCAAACCUGGCAACAUCAUGAUUGAUGACGAUGGCAGGACACCGAUUCUGAUGGAUCUGGGAUCACUUGCACCGAGCCCAACGUCCAUCACAUCCCGCUCUCUGGCUAUUGCCGUACAAGAUACGGCGGCUGAACACAGUACCAUGCCCUACCGCGCCCCCGAACUUUUCGACGUGAAAACCGGCUCCGUCAUCGACACGAAAGUCGACAUCUGGAGUCUUGGGUGCACGAUGUAUGCAUGCCUUGUGGGGAAAUCGCCCUUUGAAGCUAGGAGCGACGAGACUGGUGGCAGUCUGAGUAUUUGCGUGUUGGGCGGCGACUGGAGGUGGCCUGAUGAAGGGAACCUUUCAAAAGGCAAGAACAAGGUCGGAUCUGCGCCGGCACGUUCGAAUACUGCGUCAUCCCAGAGUGGCGCAACGGCAGCGAAUGGUGACGCCAAUAAGUCACCCAAUGCGACCGCACCAGCCUCAGGGGGGAGGAUAUACCCCCACCCGGCAGCCCGAGAAGUCGUGAGGCGAUGUCUACAAGUUGAACCAGCGGAGCGACCGGACGUGGAUGAACUGAUGACGUUGAUCGAUACGUGUCUGAGCGAGUUGCCUGAAGACGACGAAACGGGAGGCUCGGAGGGCGACGGCGAUCUGUGA